AUGCCAUGGAAGAUAGCGGUGGUAGACAUGCAGGGCAAUCCAGCGGAGAUCCGUCUAGUACCUGCCAGAGUAGAGCCUACACCAGUGACUGUCCCGGUACAGGGCAGGGCAGCUCCUAGAAGGAAGAGCACGCGGGGUCCUCCACCAAAGAAGUCAACAGCGACGAGCUCUUCUACAACCCUGGCCAACUCUCAACGACAGACAAGUGUCAGGCAGUUGAUGGUUGCAGACUUCAGUAAAGCCCAAGAGGGCCUGGCAUGCACAGAGAAGCGGUACCAGAUGAGGAAAAGCCAGAGAACGCUCGAGGUGGUGAUGGUUCACAAGAAGAGGCAACACGUUGUGCCUGAGGCCUCUGAGGAAGAUGAAGAAGAAGAGGGAGAGGAGGAAGAGGACGAGGAGCGCUCGUCCAACAGCAGCGGCUCUGAUGACACCAUCGACGAUCCUGGAUACAAGAGGGAUCCAAGAGAGGAGGAAGAUGACGAUGAGGAGGACGACGAAAUUGGCUGGCUUGAGGGCUACCAAUGA